AUGUCUCAAGAAAACUCAGGAAAUAUUGAUUUGAGGAGGGAAUUUGGACGAAUUGCCGACUCAAGUGCGUUUAUUAUUCGUGCUAUUGAGUCUUUAUCUAAAAGCGAUGUUCAUACUAUGGAUAUUGAUGUCGAGAUGGUCCUGAACGAUAUUGAGCGAGAGGAAGAUUUUAUUUUUUCCCCUAUUCCUCAGUACCUUCAACUUGAGUGGAAGCGAAUGGCAUCUGAAAAUGCUCGUGCUAGAAGUGAGGCUGUGAUGAAGGUGGAUGCUCUUGCCAAGCUUCAUCGCGAAGGAAAAGUGCGUGCUGACUACAGUGAAAAUGGCCGAAUUGUGAUUGAUCCUUCUGUUCCUUUGCCCAUGCCUUUCAGCAGAGAACGUUAUCAGCUGUCUCCACAAAGGAAAUCUGUGCCUGGCUCUUAUCAUAGUUUGUUUUUUGGAGAAGGGGAGCCUGUGGUGUUUACUCCACCGGAGAAUAACAAACGGAAAGAGAUUGAAAAAUUAAAUGAGGAACGAGAGAAUUGGAAGAAAAAAAUGCAACGUGCUCCUCGCAUUGAAGAUAUUCAACCCAAAAAAACUCUAAAGGUUCCAAAUGAUUUCGUUCCUUCGUGCGCGCAUGUGGAUAACUCUUUGGCCCAACAGGAGUUGCAGAAGAGGAAUGAAAUUGAGAAGAGUAAGAAGAAAAACAAUGCAACGGCAAGGACAAAGCCAGCAGAACCUGCACCUUGA